AGUACGGUCCGCCCGAUCCCAGCAACACGGACAGCUACCUAAUUAUCGGCCCGGCAGGAAAUGGCAGCUGGCGGACGGUGGCAGCAGAAGGAAGUUGUGGAGGCGGGCACGUGACCGUCUGGGAUACGCGGUAAUUCCAAAAUUUCAUCGGGCCAGGUCGGCCGCUCGACCUUGGUGCUCUUAACCCUGCACAGCGACUCCGCCAAAGCACAGGACCAGCUGUCAUUACAAUCGCUCUCUCGACCGUCUAGCUGCCCGCCAAUGCCUGCCACGACUCGUCUGUUAUAUACGGGGCCCAUCUGAAGAAUUAAACGCGCCAAAACCAUGGCGCGGCACAUUGAGCAGGACGUGCACGCCGCGUUUGUCGAAUUUCGCGCAGAGGAGGGCGACAAGUGCAUGUCGGUGCAGUGCAUCUACUGUCAGCAGGUGCGCGCGAAGAACACGACGCGCCAGAAGCAGCACCUGGCCCAGUGCGCCACCUACCUCCAAGCCCACCCCGACGUGGUCAUCGGCGGACCCUCCCACCCUCACCCUGGCGGCAUCGGUGGCAUCACCGACGCCGCCGCCGACGGCUAUGCCGACAGCCCCAGCCUCGACGGCUCGGCCGAUCCCACCACUGCCCUGAGCGGCUACCCCGCUCCCACCCCUACCCGCGUCCCCGGCGUCAAUGUCAACGUCAACGGCACCCCCAACAUCCAGCCUCCCCGCCACUCGCUGUCCACGCCCGCCGACGGAACCCCCUCGGCUAAGCGCCAGAAGGUCGCUAAGGCUAACACGUCGAGCCUCCCAGAGAUCCCUCUGCGCGAGGUCCAUGCCGCCUUCGUCGAGUUCCGCGUAAAGGACGACGACAAGUGCGUGUCGGCCCGCUGCAUCUACUGCAACCAGGUCCGCGCAAAGAACACGUCGCGCCAGCGCGACCACCUGCUGUCCUGCUCCGGCUACCAGUCGGUGCUCAAGGAGAAGAUCCCCGCCAACAACCUCCGCCACCAGUUCGACGAGGACGAUGUCGCCAGCUCGCUGGCCCUCCCUUCGCCCACCCUCGACCUCGACUUCCGGCUUAGCAUCCGCGUCAAGCCCAAGAUCAACGUCGGCACGGGCAACUUUGGCCGCCAGAGCUGGAUCUCGUGCAUCGGCGGGCAGUGGGCUGGCCGCUGGGGCAAGGGCACCGUCCUCCCCGGAGGCCAGGACAUGCAGACGACAGUCAAAGACAUGUCGACUCACAUCUCGGCCCGAUACCUGAUCCAGACGCAGGACGAUAACCCGGCCGUCAUCACCUGCAACAUCAAGGGCUGGUGGCUCGGCGAAAAGGACAUCAUGGAGCGGCUCCAAGAUCCCGUCGCGGCGGAUAACAUUGCUGCGCAGCGGUACAAGUUCCGCGUCACCAUGGAGCUCGAGACUGGCGAUCCGCGCUACGCCGAGAUCAACACGGGCAUCUGGGUUGGAAGCGGCUGCCGCCGAGGCGCCGAGAUUGUUUACGACGCCUACCGGGUCAACUGAGCCCUUCCGGCUCGUGGACCGCUCUCGGGCACAACAGAAUGGACGGCAAUUUUUUAACUGUGAUGACUUUGCCGAGCCAGCGCUAUCGCCGCAUGACCUUGCAGGGGCCUGGACGUAUCUUGUGUGUAUACCAUGUAUGAUAUGAUAAUUCGGGGAAUUUUUUUUAAAAGGUUUCGUGUGGCCCGAGGGGCCCCGACGCGGUGUAUUUAGCCGCGUCGCCUCUACAU